AUGUCACUGCUCGAGCUCUGCAGGGACUACGUGGCGACACGGAGCAAGGAUUGGGUGCUCGCACGGACGCUUGCCUGCAGCCUCACGGCUCUAGUGCUGGCGCUGGCGUUGUCGCCAGGCCGCCAAGUCGCCAAGGCGAUUCAUGCACGCAAGGCUCUGGAGCUGUUGGGGCGGCAGCGGCAGCGGCGUCGUAGUUUUGGCAUGGAUUUGGCUGACCGACCGCGCGUGCCUAGCUACAAGCGAUUUCUUUUCCUGCUGCGAAUAGCCGUGCCAUCCCUGCGCUCACGGGAAAGCGGGACGCUGAUGAUCAUCUCCUCCCUGCUGCUGCUCCACACCUACCUCACCCUACGCAUGCUGAAGAUGGGGACGCGGCUGAGCAGGACUGUGAUUGGCUGCGACCUCGCGGCAAUGGCGAAGGGCAUCGCGGCUUUCCUGGCGUGGUGCCUCCCCACCGCCCUCACAAACAGUUCUUUGCAGUACUCGCUGGGGAUUCUCACGCUGCAGCUUCAAUCCAACCUGAGCCGCUACUUCUAUCGGAGUUACCUGAACCAGCGAGUAUUUUUUCCCCUGGCAGGCUCGCACAGCGUCGAGGAGGUGGAUCAGCGCAUGACGAAGGACAUUGAAGGCUGGUCAUUGGCGCUUGCAAAGUUGUACACAAAGCUGAUCAAGCCCAUGAUCGACGUCGGGAUCUUUUCUUACAAACUGGCGUCGCUCAGUGGAGCGCGCAGUCCACUGGUGAUUGCUGGCUACUACACCGGCUUUGCGGCGGUUGCCUACGCGUGUGCCCCGGAUUUUGAGGGCAUCGUGAGCGAGCAAUUUGCACGGAAUGGCGCCCUUGUCACUGCCCACCAGCGUCUCGUUCCAUUCGCCGAGGAAUAUGUCAUGACGCAGGGAGAGCACUUUCAUCGGUCGCUGAUGAGCAGAUAUCUUGCCUCUAUUAUAGAGCACGAACAAUGGGCCUCCUACGUGCGUGGCGGGUACAGCCUCGUGGAGAGAUUUGUUCUACGGUAUGGGGCUGUGCUGCUGGGCUCCGCCGUCGGCGCGGCGGCGGUGUUCAACAAGCGCACAGAAGGAAUGUGUACCGCGGACCUCAUGGCGGUCUUCGUGGAGACCUCGUACCUCGUCAGGAAGCUCUCGCUGUCGAUUGGGAGCAUUCUGGAGAAUCUCAAGAACUGCUUGCGUUUGCAGGCGCUAACAAACCGCGUCUACGAGCUGCAGGAGGGGAUCGAGCAGGCGAUAGAAGACGGGGCCGGGGCCGGGGCGGGGGAGGUGGUGCGAGGGAGUUAUAUAGAGUUUGACCGCGUCCCGAUUGUGUUGCCGACGAAUGAAGUGCUUUGCGAGGAGCUGUCGUUUUACGUGAAGCGGGGCAUGAACCUCCUGGUCGUUGGCCCGAACGGCUGCGGGAAGUCCUCGAUGGUUCGACUCUUGGGCGAACUCUGGCCGCUGCAAAGCGGCCGUAUCAUGAAGCCGCGAAGCGACCAGAUUUACUACUUGCCGCAGCGGCCGUACAUGUCGAGUGGGACCCUGCGGGACCAAAUUACGUACCCGCUGAAAGGCAGCGAGGUGCUCGUCGGCGAGUCCACGCUGCUGCACUGCCUCGAGCUGGCCAUGCUGGACGACAUCUUUGCAAAGCCAAAUAUCACGUGGGACUCCGCCCUCUCGUGGGCGGGCGACACACUCUCGAUGGGCGAAAAACAGAAGCUGGCCAUGGCGCGGCUCUUCUUCCAUCGCCCGAGCUUCGCCAUCCUUGACGAGUGCAGCAGCAUGAUGGACGUGGAGGUGGAGGAGCGGCUGUACAACGUGUGCCACGAGCUUGGCAUCUCCCUCAUCACCAUCGCCCACCGCCGCUCCGUCUGGAGCCACCACAACUGGAUCCUCCGCUUCGACGGCUGCGGCGGGUUUAUGUUCUCCCCGGCCAGCUUUGAGGCAGAGGGGGUUGUGGUGCUCACAAAGAUCGCCACCGCCUCCGACCCGGCCAUGGUGGGGCGGGAGGUGCGGCUCGACUUGUCCCACUACGGCGGGUAG